AUGGAGUUUGAGAAGGCGUGGGAGGACAGGAACCCGCGGAAUGCCUACGCUCUACUAAAACAGUAUAGCGGCAAAAUGAAAAGAUGUUCCCAUGUCCUCAGCACUGCUAAUGGGACCUUGCUGAACCGGCUAGCACCGUCAGCUCCUGAACUCAAACACGUUCAUAGACCGACAUAUGCGGUUAACGAGGAGCCACCGACCAAGUCGGAGGUCCUGGUCUGUAUUCAGAAAAUGAAGAAUGGAAAAUCUAGUGGAGACGACGGGAUUGGCGCAGAAAUGUUAAAAUAUCUUCUUCCGUUUGGGAUUCGUGAGAUGACAAAGAUCAUCUGUUCAAUAUGGAUAAACGAAAGGAUACCUGAUUCGUGGAGACACGCUAUCAUAAUUCCCCUCCACAAGAAGUUAUCCGUCAUGGACCCAAGAAAUUAUCGAGGAAUCUCUUUGCUGCGUGUUAUGUAUAAGGUACUGGAGCGCAUUAUCCUGGACCGACUCAUUAAACAUCGCGAAGAAACGACACGCGACGAGCGAGCUGGCUUUCGUCCUGGCCGAUCUACGAUUGAUCAGCGUUUCUGGAACUUUGAAGCCGCGUUCGACUCUUUUCACCGAGGCCGUCUUCUCAACGCGCUUCGCGCCGAUGGAGUACCAGGAAAGUUCGUUCGCUUGCUUGAUGACAUGAAUCAACGAACAACUGCUGCACUUCGAACACCAGCCGAAUGUACAACACCGUUUGAAGUGGCAGCUGGAGUAAGACAAGGGGCAGUGGCAGGACCCUUCCUGUUCAAUUUCGCCAUCGACGAAUAA